UCUGCGUUUGUGCUCUUUUGUAAUGUUACUUUCCGGUAAUUCUGUGAUAUAGAUUUGCGCAUUGAAUUUCGAUAGCUCUUUGAGUGUUCAAACUGUUACUACUAUUUUUCUGUGAACUUAUAUUAAUGUUUAUCAGACUUCUUCAAACUAUCAGGUUCCUACAGACAUAUCUGUUUCCUACUCUAAUAAGACCUAUAUUAUUUGGGCGAGUGGCGUGCUGGAGAUGCCAGGAGCUGUGCGCUCAUUCUGCUGACCUCUUGCAAUACUUGCACUCAAUAUGGAAUCGCUAGUGAGCCUGAAGGCAGAACUUCAGCGCAAGAGACUGCAGCAUCAGGAGGCGCUCGCUGCUGGGCUGCCGCGCCACAAACUUCAGCUCAAGGGCCGCGGUGGCGACAGCAACAAAGGAGUCGAUGAGAGGGCCGCCAAGGAUGCUGAGAGUCUCGCCGAGGACAGAAAAGCCGCAGAAAAAUCAAAAUCUGUGCUGGAGCAGAAGGCAGCUCUGUACGACAAGCUGCAGGCUGGGGUGGCGGUGCUGGAAGAUGAUGCCCUCAACAACAGCUUCCUGAUCAACUUCCAGAAAAAAAUCGUAGACAACGUCCUUUCCGAGAAAAGUAAACGGGAUCAAAAAUCUUCGUCUUCUGCGCAUGACGUCGGGGAUCUGGAUGACUGGGUGGAGCACGUGGACGCGCUGGGCCGAACACGGCAGGUGCGUCGCCGGGACUUGCCCGAACUGCUGGAGCAAGACCGCUUCCUCAGCGGCCAGGAGCGCGGUCAGAAAGCGGAGGAAGACUUGGCGACGGACGAAGGGGUGACGGCGCGGCAGGAGGCGUUCGAGGAGCAGUACAGGGAGAAGCAGCGCCAGCGCUGGCAGCAGCAGGAGGACCUCAACGCGACCAAGACUAGCGUCCACUACCAGGACGUCAUGUUUGAUGAGGCUCGGACGCACGGCGUGGGUUUCGUGGCGCUGUCAGGGGACGAGGCAACGCGCGCCAUGCAGCAACAGCUUCUGCGCGACCUGCACGCGUCCAGUGAGGCGGCGGCGCGGCAACACAAGCGCGACGCGCGCCUCAAGGAGCGCGGCAUGGCGCAAAGACUUGCCAAGAUACGACAGAGGAAGAGGCUCAAGCAAGGCUUGCCUAUGACGGGCCAAUCUGAGGAGCUGAAGACUCCACCGGAAUCGGACGAGGAGGACAAGGAGUAUCAGGAGCCACUGUUGCCGUCGGAAGAUGUUCCUGCCAAACGUCCUGACGCGCCCUUGCGGGAGUGGGACGUCGGCAAGCAACUCAUAGGCAAGCUGGUGGAGCCAGCGGAGCGCAACCUUGACACCUUCAACUCUAAGAACGCAUUGGGCGGACCUGUCGAGAUGACCCAAGAACUCUGGGUAGACCGACAGAGGUCACAGAGAAACAAUGAAUUCGCUCCGCCGACCAGCUAUGAUACAGCCGGGCACUCUGGUAAUCACAGACGAAAUAAAGACAGCAAGAGGAAGUUUAAUGACAAAUCUGGUGACAGUUUUAGGUCGGAUUCGUUAUCAUCUCGACUAAGGGACGAAGACUUGGCUCAGCGACGACACAAUUGCAAGCGCCAAGGCGAUCAGAAGGAAAUUGUCAACGAGUGCGCUGGGAAAUUUUCCUCCGUGGGUAAGAAAUACGAAACUUCGUCUGUUUUUGACGAAAUUAUUGUUCCCAGCGUUGAGAAACCUCAGCGCAAAAGAGCUGAAGUGGCACCACCUCCAUCGUUAGACUACUACGCCCCUAACUCUAGGGGAAGACCACAGCCUCGUCCUGAGGCCGGCAUGCAGUCACUUGAAGAAGCCAUCAGCACAGGCUUGAAGAGAAUAAAGGAGCAAACCUGAUGCCCUAUAACUCGUUCAGAAGAAUGAAUGUUUUAUAUUGUCUAAAUAGUGACACACUUUCUGCAUGUUGCAAUCAUGCGCCAUUUUGUCGGGCCAAAUUUGGUCAGUAUGACCAAAUCGAGGGCAACAAAAGUGCAUAGCUAUUUGGACAAUAUCGCACACAUUUCUCUAAGCGUUUGUUGCAUGUAGGUAGUCGUCUAUCAUAGUAGUUUCUGAGUUCAGGUGUUUGAGUUGGUUUAAUAAAAUACCAGGAAUUUGUCGACAACAACGAUUUAUUCACAGUGUAUAUAAUUAUAGGUUUAGACGUAACAAUAUUGUGUAAUUUAAA